AUGGAGGACGGUUUCACAGGAGUUUUCCUGUCCGAUCGCUACGUAAACUAUCGCCCUGUUGGCAAGGAGCUAACUCCGGAGGAGGUGGCAUUUUUGAAGGCGCUCAACAUCCAGCAGCGUGUUUACGAGAACUGCCUCGUCCGUGCAUCAGUUAUCGGCGUCAGCAGUGCUCUGCUAGGAUCGCUGGUCGGGGCGUUCUUCUUCACCUUUCAGGCAAGCAGCGUGGCCCACGAAGUGCCUUCCGACAAAAGUGCUGGCAUUCGGAGCCAGCUGGCUGCACAGUAUAAGCAGUUCCUGCCGGCAGUCAAGUCAUCGGCACGAAACUUUGCCAAAUUAGGCUUUGUGUACUCAUUGUUCGAGUGCGUCAUUCAGAAACGCCGCGCCAAGUCCGACCUGAGUAAUGCCCUCUACGCCGGUUGCGCCUCUGGGGCCUUUUUAGGGCUUAAAAGUGGACCACUAGCAAGUGCAGGUGGUUGUAUCGGAUUUGCUGCUUUCUCCGGCCUGAUUGAGAAGUAUCAGCAAUCGCAUCGCUAA